CUCCCGCGUGGCCGGCGGCUGCGAGGGGAGGAGCGGAGCGGAGCGGGCGGCAUGAUCGGGACGGUGCUCUGUUAUGUUCUGCUGCCCCUCGUCCGGCUCCUCCGGGCUUUCCAAGAUGCUUUCUUUACAUGUCGAAAGAACGUGCUUCUGGCGAAGAGCCCGACCGCCCAUCUAGACGGCCUCUGUGCUCCUGUCAGCGGCAAGCCGGUCUCGGAGGAGCAGCAAGCCCUGUUGCAGCAGUGGCUGGAGGAAGGAGCUGGUGGGCUGCACACCAAUGAAAGUGCUUCGAAAGGCACAGAGAAAGUGUCCGCCGUUUCGGCUGCGGAGUGGCGGGAAGGCCCGGAGCUACUGAUGACGAGCUUAAGUGACCUGAACAUAUCGCCGCAGUCUGGGGACCAGGAACAGCCCCAGCAGAUGGUCCAGACUGAACUGCCUCCUGGACUCCAGGAAUUUGUAGAAACCACCCUGGCAAACUUACCAGCGGAGGGAAGAGAGGCGUUAGGGGACAAUGCUCUCUGGGCAGCCGUAAGGACGCAGGCUGAUCCCCCAGUGGUCGAUGCUGCUCCUCUGUCCACAGAAGUGUGGAUUGAAGACCCUGCUGUGUUAGCCUGGAGUCCUGCGCAGGAGACGGAGGGCAUUUCAACAGAGGGAGUCCUGUGGCCUUUUCAGAACGCUGGUCAAUUUCAGCCACUCCCACUAGAGAUACCUUAUCAUGAGAUUCUGUGGCGGGACUGGGAAGACCUUUCUGCUCAGGCUUGCAUCCCAGAGCAGAGCUCAGAGGCUCAGGGGUCUCUCUUUGAAUUCAGAGUCAUGUCCUACAACAUCCUGGCCCAGGACCUGAUAGAGCAGACCCCUCAUCUCUACAUGCAUUGCCAUCCGGACAUCCUGAACUGGAGUUAUCGUCUCACGAAUCUCUUGCAGGAGAUCCAGCACUGGGAUCCUGACGUUCUCUGUCUCCAAGAAGUUCAGGAAAAUCAUUUUUGGGAGCAGUUAGAGCCAACACUUAUGAUGAUAGGCUUCACCUGCAUCUACAAGCGGCGGACGGGACGCAAGACGGAUGGCUGUGCAAUCUGCUACAAGCAGAGCAGGUUCCAAUUGAUCAGCGCUAGCCCUGUUGAAUACUUCCGGCCUGGCUUGGAUAUCCUCAACAGGGACAAUGUGGGCCUGGUGUUACUGCUACAGCCCUUACUCCCAGAGACCUUGGGCGACAAGGCGAUCAGCCCCUUAUGUGUGGCGAACACUCACGUGUUGUACAACCCUCGUCGGGGCGAUAUCAAACUGGUCCAGAUGGCUCUACUGCUGGCAGAGAUCGACAAGACGGCAAAGAUGGCAGAUGGCAAUUACUGCCCUAUCAUCUUAUGUGGGGACCUGAACUCUGUGCCUGACUCGCCACUAUACAGGUUCAUCCAGAACGGGCAGUUGUACUACCAUGGGAUGCCAGCCUGGAAGGUGUCUGGACAGGAAGAGUUGUGUCAGAACCCCCACCAGCGGAAACUGCUGACUCCUCUCUGGCCCUCCUGCCUGGGCAUAACAGAUGGCUGCCAGUAUGCCGCCCUUUGCCAAAGCAAGAAGUCAGAUAGGCGUAAAUACAGCCGCGACUUCCUGCUUCAGUUCCAUUACUGCGAUGCUGCCUGUGAGCGACCUGCAGACUUGACCCUGUUGGAAGGUGUGACGGAUGCCAUACCAGACCGUCCUGCGUAUUGGCCAAAGGAACUCACUGUGAUGAACAACACUGAUCCAGAACGGUUUCAUUCAAGGUAUCCAGGCAAUAUUCAGCAUGGCCUCAACCUGACCUCUGCCUACAGCCACUUCCUGCCUGAGAGAGGCUGCCCUGAGAUUACAACCAUGCCAAUGGGUGUGGGGGCCACCGUUGAUUAUAUCUUCUACUCGGCAAAGCCAAUCAAGAAUGAUCGUGAAGAAUGCCGCCGGAUGUUCCGAGAUGGAGCCCUCAAGCUGCUCGGCCGCCUCUCCCUCCUCUCUGAAGACAUCCUUUGGUCCGCAAACGGCUUGCCGAACCCUUUCUGUUCAUCUGAUCACCUCUGCCUGCUGGCCAGCUUUGGCCUAGAGAUCUCCGACUUCUGAUCAUGUGCCAGAUCUCUAGGACUCUCACGGGAGUUAUUCUGAUUGGGAAAAUCAUGCCGUUUUUGAAGUUUGCAUCAGCUAACAACAACAAAAAAUCAUUUUUCUCUCUUUCUCCCACCCUCCCCCUCCCCUAUUUUGGAGAUGCCCUUGCUCUGCUCUCCCAUGCUUUAUUCAUGAGGAAAUAACCACUGGGUUUACCCUGUAGUGCUGCAAUUCUAGUCUGAGCUUCACUGCCAGUUUAUGCCUGCCUGCACUCUGGCUCCCACACCAUCUUUUUUAAGGGCGGCCUUCCAGCAAAUUAUGUCUUUAUAUGGCCCUCUUCUGUUUGGCCAUUGUGCACCGCAAAGUCUUUGGCUAGCAGGACAAGAGCUGAUUUGUGCCUGAGUCUUAAUGUGGGCUCUCCCUGCCCCUCCCCACCCGUUGCACACAGGCCCCAAUGGUGGUAGUGAGGCUGGUUUUGUCAAGUGUGCAAAAUGAUGCAUUUGGGGGGUGGGGUGCUGCUUCUGCUCACCAUCUCCAAAGGCUGGUGCUUGUCAACUGGCAUGUCCCUCUGGUCCACUUGGAAAGGGAAUCGAAUCAGCUGACCAUGCAAACAGAGACUCCCCACCCCUUUUAGGAUUCCCCUGGCCAGACUGCAUGAGUAGCAGACGUUUGGAAGCCUUCUGCACGUGUUACCAAGGCGUUUUGAUCUCCCCUCUUAAGAGCCUUACAGCAUUUUAUUCUCAGGGACUUCGGACGGCUUUUAUCACUGUCUUUCAUCCAUCAGCAUGGGAUGUUUUUGUUGUCUCACAUUGGAGAGAGGAAAGGACUGUGAAAAGUGGUAGAAAAGUCAAAUCGGAGCGUUGUUGUUUUUCUUUUACAGCUUGGAAGGCACAGCGUUGGGUCUCUCCACUGAGCCUGGCAGUUGCUUCUCAUUCUUUUUCAUCAUUGGAUUGUGGCUGAAAGUAGUGGUCAAAUCUCUACAUAACCCCCCCCCCCCCCCAACACACCCUUUUCUUGGUGCACAUAACCCACAUGAAUCACAUCAGCUGUGCAUGGGCCAUGGCGCAACAUUAAUCUCG